AUGGAGGGUACCCUGCUCGUCCCCCCGGAUCGGGGUACUAUCAUCGGGAGAGCUGCUUGGAAGCCACGCUACCUCGUCGUCGGUCCGCAGAGAGAUGCCUCGCAAUCGAACCUCAGCUUCUCCCAAGUCCUGUCCGCUGCCCGUAUCAAAGACCCUAUCAACCGCCCGAAGCCGCAGCCGAGGGUGCUAUCGGACGCCGUCUACCUCUCGAUAUACAAGGCGAAGGAUGAUUGGGAGCUGGUCCAGCAGCACUCGAUCACGUCCGUAACCGAAUGCCAGGUCCAGACGGUCUCCCACCGGAAGCAAGGACCGGCGGUCCCGACCCUCGCCGUCCAGGUCUUGCCAGAUCCUGCCACCGACAAGCUACGAAAACGCCGAUCUAGUCGGACGGCCGGCUUGACCACGACCAAGGAAUCGGGUCCGACGACGUUAUGGUUUCGUCUCGGUGAUGACCGCACGUACACGUUAGAGGACUGGGCCCGAUGCAUAAAGCUGCUGAUACAUCCCGAAGGACAACUUGACCUCAACAGCAGACAACCCAUGAGUCCCAUUAGCCCGGUCUCUCCAACAUUUAUAAACCCUUUCGCUCCCUCUCCAUCUCGAGAUGCGAACGACUCUUUUGCUGGCGCGUCGAGUGGCAGUUCGGCCAAGACGAGAGCGAAGAUGCCGGGGCGGCCUCCGAGUCACGCGCAUGCACCGAGCCGAGACGGCAACGCCACCUUCACCACUGGAACCCCCAGUAUACGCUCCCAGCGGAGCGACAUGUCGUCUUCGCACGCUAGUUCGAUGGUCCCUCUAUCCACCGGACAUGCGACGCAGCAACACGCCGCCGUUCGGUCCUCGGACCUUCCGUCCCCUGCGACCACGAUUGCUGAGUAUCAGGACCAAUUUAUCGAAGGGUGGACGUCAGCACAGGGUCGCGCAUCAACUCUGAGCUCGCCGAUAAGGCUGAGGGAGAGCACCAGCUCUGCCCAAGGUCAGUAUCUGCCGAGUAUCAGCUCGAACUCGCCCCCCGCACCCCGAGAAACGAUUCUGGACAGGGCCUUCCAACUGCGAUGCAUCCCCGGCUCGGACCGUGAAGUGCCCGGAGAAGAAAAGCUCAGCUCUCUAGCCAGGUUUGAGGCGCUGAUGCGAGAAGUCGAAGAGCGCCAGAAGGACCUUGACAAGGACAAGAUGAAGACGAUUAGUAAGGAGCCGCUGAAAAGCACAUGGGAAGAAGAAAGCGAUGAAGAGGACCAGGUUGACGAAGAUGAUGACAGCGAUGCAGACGAAUUCGAGCACGACAUAGGCACCGAUGAGAUCGCACCCUCUACGCAGAGGGCGCUUCAGUUCAUCGCUAAUCGUCACAGUUCCACGAAGCUGCAGUGGUCGCAGGGUAACAGCAACGAACCACUCCCCAACUAUCAAGACAGGGGUGCAUCCAUUCUCCGACCACAUACCGCCAAUUCGAGAUCGAGGCCCACCGCCCAGCGGACCAGCAGCCAGCCGUAUAUUCCUUCGGGGUCGCUCGAGAUGCCCCCUCCACCUCCCCCUUCCUCCCGAGUCAUUGAGGAGGCGACCCCGCGGCGGAACCACGAGAAGCGCCACUCUACGUCGGAUGUUAAACGUCUUAGCUUCAACGAGUUUACCAAGCGGCUGAGUGGCACUAGCAGCCUCUUGCUCGUUCAGACGAAUGCGAGCAACGGCGGUGGCCGGGGGAGCGGCGAUGUCGAUGGGACCUCUCUGCAGGCGACGCCACCGCGAGGCGGGCCUUUCUCACCGAACGAGCGAGAUGAGCGCUGUCGAUGGCGGGGGAGUGUUGGCGUGUUCGGCACCGACCAAAGUGGUUUCCUAUAA